AUGCCCAGUUGCCCCGGAUGCGAGAAGCCCGUUUAUUGGGGUGAGAAUUAUUUUUAUUAAUAAUACUUGGAGUACUGUAGUUUUUACAAUAUAAAAUUUGCGAAUUCAGCUGAACGGGUCUUCUCUCUGGGCAAGGAUUGGCAUCGGCCCUGUUUCAAAUGUCAGAAUCCACCGUGCCAGAAGACGUUGACGGCGGGCGGACAUUCAGAGGCAAGUGUAAUAUAAAGUAUUUGGCUACCCCAAAGUUUUACGAAGGUUGAGACUUAUGGAUUUUUUUAGGAAUCAGAUUUUUCGAGGGUUCUGCAAAAAUUUUGGAUCGCGUUAUGCAGAAUUAGAAAGAUUACGAGCUUUUUACUUUCAAAAAAUUUAAUCUAAAAUUACGGUCUGGAAACCUCAGAACUGAAUUUCUUACCAAUUCAGACUAUUUUUAGCGAAUUUUAAGUCAAUCCAGCCAUAUAUUUCAAUAUUAUACUAGACAUCAGCUACUCAGGUAAAUACCUCGUGAGACUUAUCCAAUUUUUGUUAAAAAUCAUCCAUAUUCCUACCAAAAUAAACCAAAACUAUUCUAUUUCCAGCACGACAACAAACCCUACUGCAAUCGCUGCUACGGCGCGCUCUACGGACCUCGAGGCUAUGGCCAUGGAGGUGUCGAAUCGCAUGUUUUCUUGGAUGGAACCACCGGAAAGGUCGAGGACUGA